AUCAAUGCGCGAACGCGCCAGUCGUGCAUACAGGUGGCGCGCGCGCUGACGUUUCCACCACGCCCGCAGUGUAGCCAGUUCAUCGUACGCGGGAAAGUAAUCGCAAAUUAUACAAUUAGCAAAAUGAAUCGCGAAGCAAGGGAAAGAAUAAUCGCCGAUACCUUUGAGAAGUAUAAAAUUUCUGAAUGGGGAGCAAGAACGUGCGCUCAAGUGGCUACGAAUGUGGUGGAACAGAAGCAUACAGUAUCGCGGGCGAAGAGGAGCCGCGCGCUGGGCAGCCGCGCUUUCCGUGGCAGUACCGUUUGGCUGACCGGCCUCAGCGGGGCUGGCAAGACCACUAUUGCGUUCGCGCUAGAAGCCUACUUGGUGUCUAAAGGUAUUCCCACAUACGCGCUAGACGGGGACAACAUCCGCACGGGCCUCAACAAGAACCUUGGGUUCUCGAAGCAGGACCGCGAGGAGAACAUCCGGCGAGUUGCGGAGGUGGCCAAACUGUUUGCGGACAGCGGCCAUGUGUGCCUUUGCAGUUUCGUGUCGCCGUUUGCAGAGGACCGAGAAGUCGCGCGCCGUACACAUACGGACUCUGGUUUCCCGUUCUUCGAGGUUUUCAUCGACACCCCGUUGGAAGUUUGCGAACAGAGAGACACCAAGGGACUGUAUAAAAAAGCCAGAGAUGGACAGAUUAAGGGCUUCACUGGCAUCACGCAAGAGUAUGAGCGGCCCGAAGCGCCCGAGCUGGUGGUGCACACGGUGGGCAAGUCCAUCGAGGAGUCCACCAUGCAAGUCGUGCGACUAUUGGAAGCUAAUGGCAUUAUUCCAAGCUUCGAAGGCAACCAGCUUGGCGUCGAAGAACUGUUCAUAUACGGGAACAGGUUGACCAGCGCUAUCGAGGAGGCGGCCAGGUUGCCGUCUGUCGAAAUUACUACUUUGGACCUUAUGUGGGUGCAGGUACUCUCAGAAGGAUGGGCUUAUCCUCUCAAAGGAUUCAUGCGGGAAAAUGAAUAUCUUCAAGCCUUAAACUUCAACUGCCUAACCCUCGCUGACGGCUCCGUGGUCAACCAAUCAGUGCCCGUGGUGUUGCCUGUCACCACCGAAAUCAAAGACAACCUCUCCGGCUCCGAGGCUAUCGCGCUUGUGUAUGGCGGGAAACCGGUCGCCAUACUACGCGCUCCUGAAUUCUACCCACACAGAAAGGAGUAUAGGUGUGGGAAGCAAUUCACUAUUCAGCACACUGGACAUCCUUAUAUUAAGAUGAUCGAGGAGUCCGGCGACUGGCUGGUCGGCGGCGACAUCGAAGUGUUCGAGCGAGUGCGCUGGCACGACGGACUCGACUCGUACCGUCUCACGCCGAACGAGCUGCGAGCCAAGUUCCGGCAACUAGGGGCCGAUGCCGUGUUCGCGUUCCAGUUACGUAACCCGAUCCAUAACGGUCACGCGCUCCUGAUGCAAGACACGCAGCGUCAGCUGAUCGAGAGGGGUCACAAGAAGCCGGUGCUGCUGCUCCAUCCAUUGGGUGGAUGGACAAAAGACGACGAUGUGCCGUUGGAAACCCGGAUAAACCAGCACAAGGCGGUGCUCAGUGAAGGCGUUUUGGACCCGCAGUCUACUAUAUUGGCUAUCUUCCCCUCGCCUAUGAUGUAUGCUGGACCUACUGAGGUGCAAUGGCACGCGAAGUGCCGCAUGAACGCCGGCGCCAACCACUACAUAGUAGGGCGAGACCCGGCGGGGCUCCCGCACCCGGCCGGCGGCGGCGACCUGUACGACCCGCGCUACGGCGCCAUGGUGCUCAAAAUGGCGCCCGGCCUGAAUGAUCUCGAGAUCAUCCCGUUCCGCGUGGCGGCCUACGACACGUCCGUGGGUAAAAUGGCGUUCUUCGAUCCCACGCGGAAGGAGGACUUCGACUUCAUAUCUGGAACACGGAUGCGAGGUCUUGCAAAGUCUGGAAAGGAGCCACCCAAAGGCUUCAUGGCGCUAUCAGCAUGGAGAGUCCUUGCCGAAUAUUAUCAGUCGCUCAAAGCUAAAAUGGACACCAACUAAGUUUCUUCCGUCCUAUCAAUUAUUAUUCUUAGAACUAUCGAAAUUUUGACCAAAUAAAUGAGCUUAAGCUCAUCAAAUCAGCUAACGAUUUAUUGGCUAAGUAUAUAAUGCAACGAUUUAUUAAAAAACUUAUCAUUCAAAGAGCCUAUUAUGCACAAUGUUCUUUUUUAAUUGAUGCCGCUAAUUAAUGACAAUUAUUAAUAGGAAUAUAAGCUCUUUGACAUCAAUUCUUGCGCUUGGUUUUUAAGCGAUAGAAAAGUAUGUAUCGUAAAAUGAACCUUAACGUCUGCCAUCUAGCGUAUGUUAUUUCAAAUAACGUGGCACUGCCUGACUUAGAAAGAUUGGCGAAGGUCGGAAUUUAAAAUAUAAUAUUUAGGGUGGGAUUCCACUUAUCCAAUUUCUUUGUCCAAUGUGUAUUGAGUCUCACAUUUUGCUUUAAUGAGAGAGUGAGACGCACUGACAUUGGACAAAGGAAUUGGACAUGUGGAAUACCACCCUUAGUUACGUAAGUAGAAAAGAGUACAGUUAUAAUGUUAUAAUGGGUGACUACUACUAUUUUAUUUAAGAAAUAGCAUUGUAUAAACUUUCGUGAUGAAAAAUUUCAAGGCACUUAGAGUCACUCCACACUAGCGUCUUUUGAUCGUCGGCGUCUAGGCAGCGCUAUGUAUUUAAAAUGGCGUCGUGCGCAGUUGCGCCAACGUUGCGUCAAGCAGUAGCCAUAUAGUUGACUAGACGCUGACGCUCGAGAGACGCUAGUGUGGGGUGGCUCUAAGCCGGGAUGAAAAUAUUCUAAAAAUGAAAUUUUAUUUUGGUGUUGUUGCAAUAAAUGGUUUGUUUAUUUAUCGAAGCAUAAUGUAUAAUAUUAGAGUAGGUUUUGAGCCACAUUAGGUAUAGUUAUUAAUUCCAAUCCAUUUCUUCCGAUCGAAUCAUGAUAAAUAUAUUAUUUUUACAUGUACUUAAGUAUUAUAAAUGUUGUGGUUUUUUGUUGUUUGUUAUUAUAAGUGCUGUGCAUUCCGAUAUAGUGUAUUCAAAAUGUGUUUUCUACUCUUUACAUUCCGUAAAGUGA